CGAGUACCUUCGUACCAGGCCGAAGCCCCGCCCCUACAAUCGAAGGGCGCGGAUGGGGCCGAGUUGCCUUGCGAGUUGGGGGGCCAUUCAUACCCGCGACGGAGUUGGGGGGCCAUUCGCGCCCAUUGGUGGCGAAGAAUGAAGCUGGAGGGGUUGGAGGCAGCAGGGCCGCGAAGAGGCAGCGGAAGCGAAUCGCUUUGCGCGCCACGAAAGACGCAGGCACCCGGCGGAGGGUCGGCAGGUGCCGGCUGCGCUUCAGAUACCUGGGGAAGCUAGCCGCGCCGGUGGGAGCGCCCAAAGGCGCUGCGGGCGGCUUUUUCGCUUCGAGUUUCAUCAAAACAGCCGAGACCGCCCGCGGUAAGGCGGCGAAACAGCGGGCGCGGCUUCUCGCACACCGCGAGCGUGCGUUGCGGAAAAAGGGAAAAAAAGGCGAGCCGUGCGCGACGCGACCGACGCGACGCCGCCGCGCGGCUUGGGGCCGGGCCAUUGCGGCGGUACUUGGGGAAGGGCUGUGCCCCUUAAGCACUGUCCUGGAAAGAGCUCGCGCCGAAGCUCCAAGGAAGACCAGGCACACCGCUACACCUUAGCAGGCGGUAGCGAACAUGUUGGCAGCAAGCGGCCGACUUCGUGACGCUACUCAGCAAGGGCGCGACGUACCCGAAAGCUCUGAACUUGGUGGGAGAGAUCCAAGGGAUGGCCACGGAUGCGCUGGAGACUGUGGAGCGCAGCAUGGGGCUGAUCUUUUUCCGAGCGCUCGAGAAGCACAUGGCGAACUUCUGGCGGAGCGAUAAAAUUGCGGACGGCUGGCUGCGCGGGAAGAUCUCGCCGGAACCGGCCCGCUACCCCUACCGGCCAACUCCUUGCAUUUUCGCGGCCCGCCGAGGCCCGGCGCCCC